CAGUUGACUGUGUUCGCCAUGGAAAGCCCGCCGAAUCGAGUCCACGGCUCGACGCCAUUCGCUGGCGGCAACAAAGCUCCAGGCUCCAGCCUGUGCUGCACCCACUCUCGGCUACACGACAACCUUUCCUCUGUCUCCCCGCUCCGUCUUCCUGGUACUCCUCCGCUAUAUAUAACCUCUUCCUCCCCAUCGUCUCCGGCAGGCGGCAGCACACCACAUUGGGCAUCACCAAGAACUAAGCUGAAGCUAGCAACAUUACAAUCGCUUCGUGUUACCGAGGAGCAGAGACCGCACCGCUUACAAUGGGUCUCUGCGUGUCGUACGACGCGGCAGCCGACGGCGUGGCCACCGCGAGGGUGGUGCUGCCCAGCGGCGAGCUCCGGGAGUACUCUCAUCCGGCCACGGCAGCUAUGGCGCUGGAGGAGGUUGGCCAAGGCAAGCAGGGGUGGUUCCUCUGCGACGCCGACACGAUGGGCUUCGAGGGCUCCGUCACGGCGGUGGCCGGAGGCGAGGAGCUCCGGCCGGGGCAGAUAUACUUCGUGCUCCCGGACGAGAUGCUACGCCGACGCCUUACCCUCGAGGAGGUGUCUGCACUCGCCGUCAAGGCCAGCGCCGCGCUCGUCAAGGCCGCCACCGCCUCCUCUGCUGGCGGGCGGCGCCGACGAGGCUCCGUUGCGCCGCUCGUGUUCGAGCCAUCCGAGGAGGACUACUCGGACGAUGCGGUGAUGACUUUCAUUGCGGCGAAGCCGGUGGUGGCCCGGAAACGGGUGGUCGCGUACCGUGCAGGGAGAUCGCCGCCGAGGUUCUCUCCCGACUUGACCGCCAUCCCGGAAAGCGAGUAGACAUGGCGCGCCGGCAUCACGGUACAGCCGGAGCAAAAAGGCAUCUAGCAUCAUCUCGCCUUGUCUUGCGUUCCACGUUGAUGCUGUCGUCGGAGUUGGAUCCGAUGCCGGACAAACGCGGGAAAUGCCUCAUAGUUAGUUUCUGAUAAUUUAGCUGUCAGAAACAUGGCCGGGAAAUUGUACAUAUAUGUCGGGGAAAAAACCUACGAGACCAGGUCUAUCACCCCAAAAGGAUAGACCCAUCCCAGGAGAUGACACCUGUACAUUAUAAUCUCAAAGCACUCUCAAAUUAGUUUUAAUUCCGGAUAUGUUAUUCCUGAUUCUCAGCCUUUAUUUCCGUCUACUAAUAUGGAAUUCCAUGGAGCGGUUGCUCGAUCAAUAUCAGCCUUUAUUUUGACGGCCACGCACUCCUUCAUUCCCCUGUUGGUUCCAGUAUUCGAACCAUGCCAAACAGGUAACAUAGAGCUUGGUUGAGUUGCCGGCGGCCAUACGAGUGCGCAGACAGGCAAAGCCAUACUUCCCUGUGAUGACAACGGAGGCAACGGCGAGGCAACUCGGCUAGUCGGCGAUGUACCUGAUAUCGGUGGAGCAGCUGGCCGGCGCGGUGGCUACACGCCGGCAGCUAGGCGACACCAUUUUCUGAAUGCUUGUGUUGAUGUA